GCUGCCUAUUACAUAACGCUGCCAGCGUAGGAUGUGACUCUUGAACUUUGCGAGGGCGGGCGGGGCUGCGCGCGGCGCGGAUCGAUGCGGCCGCCCGCCCAGUAGCCCGCAGAGCGCGCCCCGAGCGCACGACUCGAGAACCGGCGAUCUUCUAGUGUUGCGAUGAAGGUAGUAGUAGCGCGGUAGCGGUAUGAUAGCUGUAGGUAGCGGCGGUAGGAUCGGCCGCAACGCAGAGACCUCUUUAUAAGCACAUAUAAUGCUAAAACUACCCAAAGGCCUUAAGAAGAAAAAAAAGGGAAAAAAGUCAAAACGCAAAGAGGAGGAGUUAUUUACCGAAGCGGAGCUCGAGAAGUACCGCGCGGAGCACCAGCAACCGGCGGAGUCCGGCGAACCCUCCAAGGAGAAUGAGGAGUGGUCCAAGUUCAAGGACUUGACCACUGGUAUUGACAGUGUACUUAAGAAGACUCAGGGUGAUCUUGAUCGUAUCAAGUCCACCUCGUUCUUCCAACGCAUACCUGCGGGCGUCAAGGAGCUCCCGCCAUCGCCGCCGCCGCCUCCCCCCACCCGCCAGGUGGUCACUGUCACCGCCGCCGACUUCCCGCAGCUCGCCGCCGCCGACGAACACGACGACGCGAGUGACAUCGGCGUCACCGACGACGAGUCCGAGGACGACCAGGACGAUAUCUUCGACACUUCUUAUGUCGAGGCUGUAGAAAGGGGAGAAGUCAAGCUUGCAGUCGUCCCCGACUCACCAGACGACGCGCAGGACGACGAUCUCUUCGAUACAUCGCACCUCGACGCGCUUAUCAAGGGAAACCCUAAAACUUCCACUGGGAAGAAGGGUUUAGAUAUUGGAAUCGCCGUAUCUGUCCUUACAGGUCGGAUAGACAACGUCACUGUCACUACCAAGCGGUCGCAGAAGAGAGCUAUACCGGCGGACUUGUUGUUAGAGGGUGACAACAGUGACCCUUCAGCAGCUUUCCCCGUAACUCCCGUCGCGCCCAGCGAACCCGAAGAGAAGAGUAUCCUCGACAUCGAUGCGGACAUACCUAUCAAUACCCCGAUAGACCUCAGUGUUUCGCUCUAUACGUCUUUGAUUCAACAAAACAAAGCUCAAGAAGAUCCUCUAGAGACUGAGGUUCCUGAGCCUCAACCGGUAGAAGAAGAAGACGACGAAUUUACUCAAUUAGCGGCAGAGUCCUUAGAGGUUAGUGCGGAAGUAACCAAACUUGAACAAACGGAAAUUGUUGCCGCGCCUGUGAUCCAGGAGUCGUGGUCAGUUUUUGAAGCCGACAAGGUAUCUGAAGUAUUCGCAGAGGGUGUCGCGGAGGAUCAGAUCGACGUUAUCGACCCCUACCUCGACCAGGACGAUCCGUUUGAUACAAGCUUUGCGGACGCCGUAGUACCUGUGAGCGGAGCUCCUUUUAAAAAGGAGGCCGUUAUUUUAGAAGACGACGACGAUUUCGACCCUCGGGCCGAAGAAAACAGAGCGAGAUUAAAUAACCGCCGGAAAUCUUCCGUUCGGAUUCAUUUAACUGACCCAUCUGGCAUCCGGGAGUCCAUCACUUCCGACGACCGAGACCUUGGGGAUAAGGAGGUGUCGAUCCCAGCGCGCGACUUACUGGGCGGCAGCACCACCGAUUUAACUGCUCUUGGUGAUUCACCUCUCGAUCCUGUGGACAUUAAUGCCGAUGAAAUAGAUCCUUUCGAUACUACUAUCGUCGAUAAAAUAGUCGCGCCCGGUAGAGUCGAAUUAAAAUUAUUGGAGAAGGAGCUGAUAGGAGCUAAGUCCGUACCGACAGCGCCCGUUUACCGUGUACCCAGCGACCCCGACUUUGACCCGCGUGCCGAGGAGCCCGCACCUUUAUCCGAACGGCGCGCUAGUCGCCCUGAGAAUCUUGCCUACAACAAGAGCGUAGUGUUUGACGUCGAUCCCACGCUUCAGCCCAAGCCCAAAACCAACAAGCCUGUCACGCCGUAUUACACGCGCGAGGUCUCCAUCACAGAAGACUCGGAGGACGCCGAAGCCAACGACACCGUCCCCGGGUCGUUGACGAGAACUCGCUCUGACGACGACUUGGCGCCCAAGUUCACCUAUCAGACGAAGAGGCGGCAUUCGGAGCUCCCUCAGUCGAGCCAGAGCAAGACGAAGCCGAGUCUGCUAGAAACCGUCCCUAUCGACAUCCAGACUAAGGUACUGACACCGUGCAACUCCAAGCCCCAACCACUCGUGGAGGAGGAACUCGACCCCUUCGACACUUCGUUUGCCGGUGAACUAGCCCCAACUAAAGCAGAGUUAAAGUUGCUAGCAAAAGAGUUCUCCUGCGACGAAACUAACGAACCGGACGGACCCAAGGACUUAUUGGACCCAUCGGACGAUAUAUUCCAAAUUAAAGCGCUCACACCGGAGCCCUCAAGUAUUUCUCGACUGCCAGAAGAGGAGUUAGAUCCUUUUGACACCUCGUUUGCGAGCGACCUUCAGCCGGGAAGAACUGAACUUAACUUGGGAGAGCCGGUAGCACCGGUGACAACGGAAGCUAUCAAUCCGUUUAUGAUGACGACGGACGAGGCGCCGGUGGAGUACACCGGCGAUAACCCAUUCGCGGCUAGCAACCCUUUCUCGGACUUUGGGUACGACCCGCCCGCCGGCGACGUGCCUUCUGAUAUCUUUGGCGUCGAGCCUACUGGUGGGGCUACCCAAUUCAACGGUUUCACUGCGCCCGCCGAGCCUGCCGGUGGGUCCACCCACUUUGAAAAUUUUGCUACGCCCGCCGCGCCCGUUAAUCUGUUUAAUAGCGUCCCACCAGUCAAGCCGACCGAGCUCGAGCUUGUCUCCACGACUGCGGACUUUACGUUCGGAGAAGAUCUCAACAACGCGGCACCACCUCGCCCGCUACCACCGGAGACGCAGAAUCUUAUCCUGACAGUGACCGGACAGAUGGAGUUCACGAGCUCGCACUUGCUCGACCGUAUUCCACUGACACGCACGCCCAGCCCUGUGUCUGUGCGUGACAUACACUCGGCCUGUCCUACGCCGGAGCCUGAGUUGGAGCCGCUGCCAUUGGACGAGCCUGCGCCGGUGCAAGCGGCGGCCCCCGCCGCUCCCGUGCAGUCAGACUUGGACAUCAAUCGCAAUAAGCCGACGCGACCGCCACCCGCACGACCUCCCGCGGCACGUCCUCCUCCCCCGCGCCCUGCGCCGCCACCAAUACCACAGGCGCCGGUACAACAACAGCCAGCUACGGACGAUAUUAACCUCUUCGACGCUCCAGCUCCGUUAACCGUGAAGCCGACGAAGGAGGAUAUUUUAAGUUUGUACUCGGCACCGAAGCAGGAGGAGAAGCCGAUUGAUUUCUUAAGCGAUGAUAUUGUAGACGAUGUCCCGGCCGUAAAAGCUGAGGUGCCGACCGUCACAUCGGCACCGGUUCCGGCGGCCCCGGUGACCACUGAGCCAGUCGCAGUCGUACAGCAGCCUUCGCCACCGAAAGCUCGCGAGCCACCUCCGUUGCCACCAGCGCCCGCUGUGGCAGCCGCGCCAGCCGUUCCAGAUGCAGCACCUAUGGACUGCUCCGAGCCACCCGAGUUUGCACCCACAACAAACAUGACGCCGUUCGCCGAGGUUACAAACGACAAUUUUUCGGCAGAGCCGCGCGACGAGGAGAUGAACCCUUUCGAGUCCGGUGCUACUUUUACGGACUCCACUCCAUUCAGCGGUGCAGGCACUAACAUUUUUGGCGUACAGGAGGAAGCAUUUCCAGCUCAGAACGACACUUUCGGUGCAGUGGAUAACGGUUUCGAAGCCGCUUCUAAUGGAGCGUUCGAAACCUCAGCAACUAAUAUUUUCGCCGCGUCCAACGACGCGUUUGCGGACAACGCGAACAGCUUUAGUAUGGAGCAAGGCGGCGCAUUCGACGCGCCGGCACCGGCGACGACGGUGGCGUCGGCGGGGUGGGAUGCGGCACCGGUACCGGCGGCGGCGGGUUGGGACGCUGCGCCCGAGGCCAUGGCACAGGACGCCUUCCCGGACUCACAAGACGCUUUCGACGCUUUCUCCGCUAAAUUCGACAACACCGCUGCCCAACACCUGAACUCAGGCGCAUGGGGGGAUGAUGGUAGUUCAGAAGAGACCCCAGGAGGCUUCGAGGCGGAGGCGUUUGACCCGUUCUUGAGUAUGGGGCCUCCCCCGGCCCCUGCCGCGACACCGCGCUUGCAGUCACAAGGCUCUAAGGACUCUGUUGAUGACUCUUUUUCCCUUUUCAUCAGACCGAAGGACAGCACCGGUGCGGACGCGGGCGCUGCAGUGCCGGCAUUGGCGCCCCCGCCGCGCCCGCAGGCGCUGCCGGAAUCUCCGCGUGCCAAUCCGUUUGACAAGAGUGCGGAGGCGCCAAUCCCACGCGCCGAUGCUUACGAGCAGCGGCGCGGAUCCGGCGGCUCAGGCGGCGAGACGCCCCCGACGCCAUUGUUCGACGACGAUGUAUCCCAGCCGCUCGAGGACUUCCCUCGGACCAAGUACGACGGCCCCGGCUGGGAGAUGCAGCUGAGACAACCGGUGAAGAAGAAGAUUACCGGUCAGAGGUUCUGGAAGAAGGUCUUCGUCCGGGUGUCCACACAGGGCGAAGCACCGGUCCUCCAACUCUUCAAGACCCCGCAAGACAAGGAGCCAUACCAGGAGCUACCUCUGCAAGCCUGUUACUCAGUGUCGGAGGUCGGCGCGCAGCAGUUCGAUACCUUCGGCAAGAUCUUCACAGUCAAGCUGCAGUAUGUUUUCUACAAGGAGCGUCCCGGUGUCAGGCCCGGGCAGGUGACAAAAGCGGAGCGCAUCACGAACAAACUGUCACAAUUCGCGGCAUACGCCAUCCAGGGUGACUAUCAGGGUGUCAAGGAGUUUGGUAGCGACCUCCGCAAGCUGGGGCUGCCCGUGGAACAUGCUCCGCAGGUGUCGCAGCUAUUCAAGCUAGGCUCCCUCAACUAUGAGGACGUCAUUCAGUUCUCAUGCUGCAUAGAAGAGGCUCUGUUCCGUCUCGCAGCGCAUCGCGACCGCGCGCUCGCCUACAAGAUGGAGGAAGUGCAAGUGACAGCUGUCGAUGAAUUGUAUGUCGAACAAGACGCUGAUGGCUCUGUUCAGAAGCAAAUUGCGCGUGUUAGGCUGUUCUUCCUUGCAUUCCUAAGCGGCAUGCCGGACAUCGAGCUCGGUGUGAACGACCUCCGCCGACAAGGCAAGGAGGUGGUCGGACGGCACGAUAUCAUCCCCGUGGUCACGGAGGAGUGGAUACGCGUCGAAGACGCCGAGUUCCACGCUUGCGUGCAGCCCGAGGAGUUCUAUAACACGCAGAUUAUCAAGUUUAAGGCUCCAGACGCGUGUUACAUUGAGCUGUUACGCUUCCGCGUACGUCCGCCCAAAAACCGCGAGCUGCCGCUGCAGCUCAAGGCUGUAUGGUGCGUCACUGGGAACAAGGUGGAGCUUCGAGCAGAUGUAUUGGUGCCAGGCUUCGCAUCGCGCAAGCUAGGACAGGUUCCGUGCGAGGACGUGGCUAUCCGCUUCCCCAUCCCUGAGUGCUGGAUCUAUCUGUUCAGAGUGGAGAAGCAUCACCGUUACGGCUCUGUUAAGUCUGCGCACAGACGUACGGGCAAAAUCAAGGGUAUCGAGCGGUUCCUCGGCGCCGUGGAUACGCUGAGCGAGUCCCUGAUCGAAGUGACGUCGGGGCAGGCCAAGUACGAGCAUCAGCACCGCGCGCUGGUCUGGCGAAUGCCAAGACUGCCUAAGGAAGGGCAAGGCGCAUAUACAACGCACAACCUGGUCUGCCGUAUGGCGCUGACCUCCUACGACCAGAUCCCCGCUGAACUGGCGCGCGCCGCACACGUGUCGUUCACGAUGCCGGCGACACAAGUGUCGCACGUGACCGUGCGCUCCGUGUCGCUGCAGAACCACGACCGCGACGACCCGCCCGAGAAAUACGUGCGGUAUCUAGCGAGGCACGAAUAUGUCGUGGGCAUCGAGCGUACAACGGGCACAGCCAACCCGCCGUCGGCGUACGCGGCCGCGGCCGCCGUGCCGCGCGCGCCCGAGCCCGCCCCCGCCGCCGCCCCGCAGCCACCCUCCUCGGACUCUGACUCCGACUGAACUGUAGAAAGCCAC